AUGGAAAAACGCCCACCCCACAAGCCCCCCCCCGUGCCCACGCCCCCCGACCUCCCCCCCCCACCCCCUCACCCCCCCCCCACCCCUUCCGGCAUCCCUCCCACUCCUCCCCAAGAAAACCCUCCGACGCUCCUUCCCCCCCCGCACGCUCCUCCCGUGGCCAUCCCACGUCCUCGAUCCCCAACUCACACAGCCCCGGCGCACCCACCCCGCUUCGGCCCAACCGCGUCCCCCCCCCCAUCCCUAACUUCCCCCCCCCGCCCCUUGCCCCCUCCCCCCUCCCCCCCCACCCGCCAUACCCCCCGCUUUCGCCCGACUGUCCCCACACCUCCCCUCUACGGGACCCCCAUUCCCCCCCCCCGCCCACCUAAAAGACCUCUCUCACCACUUUUCAACCUCCCCCCCCCCACCAACUCCCCCAAAACGUCACCACACCCCCCCCAAUACUCCCCCCUGCUUGUCCCACCCCCCCCCCCCCUCCCCGCCCCCUGCCCUAGCCCCCUACUGCCCCCCGACCCCUGUCCUAACCCCUCCGUAAACCACUACCCCCACCCCCGCCCCCCACCUGACCAGACCCACCCCCCCCCUCCACCCGUCCCAUCCACCCUAUCCUGGGGAAUUCCCCCAGCGCCCCACCCUCCUGUCCCCGGCCUAUCCGCCCCUCUCCUCGCUACCCCCCCCCCGCCUCUCCACACCCCCACACUACGCUCACCCUUCCCACCUACUCCCCCCCCUACUCCCCUGGCCCCCCAUCCCGCCCACCCCUUACCCAACCCCCUUAGCCCCCCCCCUCCCCCUACAUAUCGCCCCCUCCCAGUGCGCCUCGCCGCCCGCCGCUUGGCCCCCAACACUCCACCCCGGCGGCCCCCCGCCACCUCCAAUUUUUACCCACCCACCCUCCACAGCACCCCCUCACUCCAUCAACCUCUCCCAACCCCAGCCCAUUCCCGCCCUCUAUCACCCCCUCCCUGCCCAUCCCCGGAGCCCCCCGCGCGACCUCGGCACCGCCCCCCCCCGCCAGACUCCACCAGCGGGCCCCCUCCCCGCCCACCCUCCCACCUCAACCCCCUACAACCAGCUGGUUCCCCGGUCCCUCCCCCCCACGUUCCUCCCCCCUCCCCCUUCCCGCCCCAACCCUCCCCCCUCCCCCCCCCCCCCAAGAUUCAUAGGCCCCUCCCCUACCCACCACAUCGCCUCCUCCCCCCCCUGCCCCGCUCGCCCCCCAUCACCCCGCCCCCGGUCCCGUAUUCCCGCUUCCAACUGGAUCUGGGCUCGCCCAACCUCCCGGCCCGGCCGCUAGCCCCGCCCCCCGACUUACUGCUGCCGAGCCCAUCCUACCCCGACCCUCCCCUCCCUCCAUGCCCAGCUUCCAGUAUCCAUUUCGCCCACCCAACAUCAACCGGACCCCGCCAAUCGCCCCACCUCCCCACCCCCCCCGCCUCGCCCCCGACCUCGUCGCCCACCUCUAUGCCUGCCCCCCCCCCCCCUUGCCCCCCCGUGACGCCAUCCCCAAAGCCCACGGCACCCCCGUUCCGCCCGCCACCAACCCUAGCCCCCACUUCCCGACCCGUAAAACCGUUCAUACCCGCCCUCGCCCACCUCCCCCCACUCCACUCACAGAGCCACACCGCCCCCGGCCCCCCCCCCUCCGGCCACCUCCCCCUGGGCUUCCCCCCCUUCCCUCCCUGCGCCCCCCCAACCCCCCCCCACCCUCCCCGCCUUGAAAGCACUCCUCACGGCGCCCCCGUCUCCCCCUUCCCCCUGCCCUCCCACACCGGCUCCGGUUUACACCCCGCCGCCAGGUGCCUGUACCUCCCCUCGUUGACGCGUCCCCCCACUCUCUACAUAUUGUAUAAUGGCAUGGUCACGUUUCCACCUCACUUCCAUGUCCGCGCGGCCACGCCUGCCGAGCUCCUCCCUCCCCCCCACCUUCGGGCCAUGCUGUCCCGUCUCGCCCCUCGGUGCCCGCCCAACACCCACACCCACCUCUCCAACAAACCUCCUACCCUUAUACCCCUACCGGCCGCUCCCCCCCCCAGGGUUCCGCCCCCUCCCCCUGCCUCUUCCCGCCCCCCGUCCCUCUCCCCCCCUGGCCCCUUCCCCUCUCUGCAGUACCACCUACCCACUCCCUUGCACCCUGACCCACCCCGGUCCCCCCCCCUGAUCCGGCGUCCGCCCCCCACCGACUCCUAA